UUGGUAGUGUCGGUGUGGGAAGCAGAGAGUGUAGAAGGGACUUCAAGGGAGAGAGAGGAUUUGCACCCGAAUGACUUUGUUUCCAACUGAACGGAGAUCUGGAUUUGGGAUUUUAUAGCUAAAGACCACACUCUUGGGAAAAUCUACAAGCUGAUGGCCCCACUAAAGCAUUGCUGAGAAGUGGCCCUUCAUUUACCAUGCAAGUGAAGAAGAACAUACUUGACAAAAACAUUUACCACAAAAGUCUUAAUUCUACUUUGUAAAAAGCCGUAAUAAUUUGUUCCUUAACCGACAAUGGUUGACAAGUCCCCGACGAUACACAACAGGGAAACAUCUUCAUUCCAUGCGGAUAUUAAUGUCUGUAUUGGAGCAUGACCAGUUAUAGAUCUUAUCAAAAUGAGGGUGUGGAGGCCGGGGGAGCCUCAGUAGGAAAUGAUGUUGGCAGAAGUAUGGAUUAUUAUUCUCAAGGCUACUGGAAUCAGAACAGUAAUGGGGUUCAACCUAUGCAAACUGGUGAUAACUCAAGGGGUAAUCCCAUCACCCCAGCAAUGCCAAAGAUGGGGGUCCGUGCCAGGAUUGCUGACUGGCCCCCCAAAAAGGACAUGCUGAAGGAUCCAACAUCGCCAAGUCCAUCAAAGGAAGUGGAAUUCACUAAGGGUUUCCACAAUCAAAAGAAUUUUUAUAAUGGACAAUACUUCCAUAGCAAUGGGGGAUCCCCAAUAUUCAGGGGAUACCAUAGGUUGUCAAGGAAGAGAUCAAGGGACGUAGAAUUUCAUGAGGGAUGGCCAAGGUCACCUGGAAGGACUUUCAUUCCACUUCGGAAUAGAAGCAAUAGUGAGAUAACACUGAGUGAGUGUGACGUGGAUGAGGUGAUGGAGACACGAGGGUCAAAAUAUGGCAAUGGGAUGCCUCUUUUUCGAGAGUAUGGGAGCACUUCAUCUAUUAAUGUUCAAGGGAUCCCAGAACAAAGCUUCUUUGACAUGCUCAAUGACUUUAGAAAUGAGAAACCGAACCAGGAGCCUGAGUCACCUGAAAAAGGAAAUGGUACUCUCCGAGAGGAUUCCAGCAUGGCAUCUAAUUUGCACCUUGCAGGGAGUUCUAGAACAGAUCUUCGAAAUGGCCAGUUCCAAAAAGACGACACUCCCAACAUGUCAAAGGACAAGGAAAAGUUAAGGAAGAGGAAUGGCAAGGGAGAAUCUGACUCUUCCAUUUUUCGCAUGCUUAGGAGUAACAAGAGUGAGAAUGAAAUGGGAAGGUCUUUCGUGGAGCGGGAUGAUAGACCCAAGCCAUGGAUCUCCCCAAAGACAUUUGCACAUUUCGAUGUUCAGAGCAUGCUCUUUGACCUUAAUGAGGUGGCAGCUAAUCGGACUUACGUGGCCCAAAGACGAAACACUACUACAGGAGCCUCAGCUGCCUCUGCUGUUUCAUUAGCAGUAUCAAGGGCAUAUGGUCUUGGAAGCAUGGAGCCAAGCUUCACCAGCACAGAGGACCUUAACUUCAAGGAGAAUCUAGAACAGGACAUGGGAGAUAACAACAGUAACGACUUGCUCCUCAGCUGUCCCCAUUUCAGGAAUGAGACAGGAGGGAUGAGUGAGCGCAAUGUUAGCUUCUCUAAAGCUUCUGGUGUGUCUCCCACUGGAAGUGAAGGAGGCUUCAUGGAACCUUCAAUAUCCAUGUACUGUACAAAUGCUAGCAUCUCUGUUCUGGAGGUGUCAAAAGAAGUUCAAAAGAACCAGGGACGAAUGAAACAUUACAGCAUAGAGCAUGUGGAUUUAGGGGCUCAGUAUUACCAAGAUUAUUUUCAUGGCAAAGAGCAUUGUAACUACUUUGGCGUAGACGAAAAAUUGGGUCCAGUUGCUGUAAGCUUGAAAAGGGACAAGCUGGAAGAUAACAAAGACUAUGGACUUCAGUUUCAGUACCGGAUCAUCUUAAGAACCAGCGAGUUGGUGACCUUAAGGGGAAUGAUUCAUGAGGAUGCAGUGCCGUCUGCUGCUAAGCAUGGGACUGUCAGGGGACUGCCACUUAAAGAUGUGCUGGAGACGGUUGUACCCGAGCUGAAUAUCCAGUGCCUUCGGCUAGCCAUGAACGCUCCAAAAGUAACCGAGCAGUUACUGAAACUGGAUGAACAGAGGCUCUGCAGGAAGCACAAGGUGGGCAUUUUGUACUGCAAGGCCGGCCAAAGCUCAGAGGAGGAGAUGUACAACAACGAGAAUGCGGGGCCAGCGUUUGAGGAGUUCCUCUCGUUGGUUGGGGAGAAGGUCUGUCUGAGGGGUUUCAGCAAGUACUCUGCCCAACUGGACACCAAGACGGAUUCCACCGGGUCGCACUCCCUUUACACCAACUACCAGGACUAUGAGAUAAUGUUCCAUGUGUCCACCUUGCUGCCGUACACGCCAAAUAACCGACAGCAGCUUCUUCGGAAGAGACACAUAGGAAACGAUAUAGUGACCAUCAUCUUUCAAGAGCCGGGGGCACUGCCUUUUACACCCCAGAACAUUCGCUCUCAUUUCCAGCAUGUCUUUAUUAUUGUCAGAGUCCACGACCCCUGUACGGAGAACGUCUGCUAUAGUGUUGCUGUUACCAGAUCCAAAGAUGUUCCCCCAUUUGGUCCUCCAAUACCCAACUGUGCCACCUUCCGCAAGUCUGAUGUCUUCCGGGACUUCCUGCUAGCCAAGGUCAUCAAUGCAGAGAAUGCUGCCCACAAAUCCGAUAAAUUUCACACCAUGGCCACUCGUACACGUCAAGAGUAUCUAAAAGACUUGGCAGAGAAUUAUGUCACCAACACUCCCGUUGAUACAACGGGCAAGUUUAAUCUCAUCUCCCUGACCUCCAAGAAAAAGGAAAGAACGAAGGCGCGAACUGGAGCCGAGCUGCAGAGCUCUGGCGCACUAGCCUGGCAGGUGGUGGCUCAGGACUUCUCCCAGGCUGCCGAGACGGAGUGUAUUUUGGGCAUUUCCAAUGAAUUUAUGGUCCUGAUUGAAACUGCCACCAAAGAGGUGGUCUUCAACUGCUAUUGCGCUGACGUGAUUGGGUGGACACCAGAACCACUCUCUCUCAAGAUCUUCUAUGGACGUGGGGAUCAUAUAUUGAUACGAGCUCAGGAGGGUGGGCUGGAGGACAUCAAGGAAAUUGUCCAGAGGCUAAAGAUAAUGACGACGGGGUGUGAGACAGUGGACAUGACUUUGCGCAGGAAUGGGCUGGGUCAACUAGGCUUCCAUGUCAAAUAUGACGGCACGGUGGCGGAGGUGGAGGAUUACGGCUUUGCAUGGCAAGCUGGUUUACGUCAGGGCAGCCGGCUAGUGGAGAUCUGCAAGGUAGCAGUGGUGACUCUCACGCAUGAUCAGAUGAUAGACCUCCUGCGGACCUCCGUAACGGUCAAGGUGGUGAUCAUACCACCUCAUGAGGAUGGGGUACCCCGAAGAGGAUGGUCUGAAUCCUAUGAAUUGACUUCCAUGAACCACAAGGACUCGGAGAGUGUUCCAGCUGGCUCCCGACCCCCAUAUCGCAGCCAUAGCACCUGGCAGUGGAGCGGAUCAUCCACACAUCAUGGUGCCAGCCCCUCUCAGAAGUGGGCCACUCCCAGCAAUGCCCAGUCCCUCAAUCGGCCAGCAAAGCUGGCUCCUGCAGCAUUACCCUCUCGAGAGCCACAGCCUUUACAUGGAAGCCGAAGGCCUGUGAGUUAUCCAGAGACACCAUAUAUAGCUACUUCUCCAACCUCAGCAGAUAAAGGACAGCCCUACAGACAAGCAUCUGGAAGCUUCUCCACCCCAGGGGGCAACAGUUAUAGCAGGUUUAAGCCAUCUUCAGAUAGGAUUGGCACACCCCAGCGCUCUGCUCAGCAGCUGGACACAUAUUAUAUAUUAGAGGGGUCCAGUGGAGGAAGUCAAGAGAUAUCCUCAGAGAGACAUAAACCAGAGCCUCUCUGGCACGUACCAGCACAGUCCCGGGUGGGCCCAGCCGUGAACAAGAGGCCGAACCGGCAAGAGCUGACUGGGAAAAAUUCUCCCCAUCGGCAUUCGAGGGGUGAAACGCAAUAUUCAAGCCAUUCCAGCAGUAACACCCUGUCAAGUACAGCAUCUAGCAACCACAGUGACGAACGCUGGUUUGAUAACACGGAACAGGCAGAUCCUGAACUUGAGCCGAUGUCAAAGGGCAACUCUAAUGACAGUGGUAUAGACACUACCCUCCCUAAUUUUGCUAAACCUUCACGGACCACUCCACGUAGAGACAAGCCACAGAAACCAGUGGCCUUCUCUACAUACCCAGGCAUGCAUGACGGCAGUAACCGGGAGAAAAGAAAGGACUCAUCGUCCUCCAGCAAGGGUUACCGACCCAAGACAUACACCCCAGCAACGGUUGAAAGAGAUGCAUACAACCAGUCCAGGCCUGGCACUUAUAAGUCUCAAGGGUCUGAUGGUUCUCGGCAUCCUCACAUGUCACAGUCCAGCUCCUUUCAGCUUUCUAGCUCUGUCCCCAAAUCAUUCUUCUCCAGGCAGAACGUGAGGAACAAGAUACCUGCAGGUUGGAAAAAACCUGAAGAGCCAACUCCACCGAGACCCACAGCUUUCACAGACACCAAGAAACAGGUGGACGUCAGUACUAAGAACGUCUUUGGCCAGCCCAGGCUGCGAGCGUCUCUCAGGGACUUGCGGUCUCCCCGUAAGAACUACAAGUCCACCAUAGAAGACGAUCUGAAGAGAUUGAUUAUAAUGGAUAAUCUUGGGCCGGAACAAGAACAAGACUGUAUGUCCCCCCAGAAGACCCUGCACAGGACCCUGUCUGAUGAAAGUCUUUGCAGCGGGCGCCGAGAUGCGAGCUUCGCUUGCUCUCCAGUGUUGGAGCCUUUAUCAGUCAAUGAUGCUAUGUUUAACAGCAAUUACCCAUCCAACACCCUUCCUGUUCGGCGACAGCACCCAACCAACAUGCCAGAGAAGAUGGCCAACAUAUCCGCCUCUGAGAUUUCUCUGACUGAAAUCCGUGAAUCUAACAGCAGACACGUUGAACCAGGAAUGAUGCCGCUUCCUGAUGCAGCAUCUGGUUUGGAGUGGUCCAGUCUUGUCAGUGCAGCGAAAGCCUAUGAAGUUCAGCGAGCUGCCUCGCUCUUUUCGCUCAAUGAAACUGCCCUCAGUCCUGAGCUACGACCGGCUCCUGUUGCAGGUACCACACAUCUGAGCCUAGAGCGACAGCAUACCCCACGGAGCACCCCAACAUCCAGUGACGAGAUUUCUCCGGACAUCACCGGGAAGGUCCUGCAGCUGGAAGUUAUGUUGAAGCAGCUUCAUACAGACCUGCAGAGGGAAAAAUUAGACAAAGAGGCCUUGCAAGCUGAAGUGGCCAACCUUCGCGAGAACAACCAACGGCUGCAGGCAGAGUCACAUUCUGCAAGUGAGCAACUGCGUAAAUUUGCUGAAAUAAUCUCCAGCAACGUGGAGAAAAAAUGACUGUUAAGGUUUCCCCAAUCAUCUCCAAUCUCUCCAUUUUUUUGGAGACACCAUGGUACCUCAUUGCUUCCAUUUAAACUGGACCCCUCUUCAUAAAACUGCACAUUUUUUUAAUUUAUCAUAUAAAAAAAUGACUUUCCAUAUAUUUGUGCUUUUUUUUCUUGCUUUUUUAUUUUUUGAUGUACAGAAGUGCAUUUUUUUUUAAAUGUGUAGAUUUGUACAAACCUGCAAAAAAAAAAUCACAAAAUUCACUAUAAUUCUCAUAUUUUCAGUUUCAUUGUAUGUUAUACUUGCGCUGUUAAUUAUGCAAAUUAGAAAAAAAAAACUUUAAAAAAGAAAAAAUUUGACUCUAGCAUGAAAAAAACCUGUUGAAGUCUUGCUGAGAUAAAGAAAUGUUAUAAAUAUAUUUAAAUUGUAUAGAAGAAAUUAUUAUUCGGGAAAAGAGGCCUUGGGGUAUUUAGCAUAGAAAUAUUUCAUACAAAUUUAUUUUAUUAUGACGCAACAGUUCAACUGGAAAAGCAAGAUUUCCUCAGUCAAAUUUGUGUAUAUUUUGUUAAUAUAUUGUACAUUUUGAGCAUUGUUCUGUGUAAUAUCAUUAUAAUAAUUUGCAAAAAAAAAAAAAAAAGGAAUUUGUAAUUUUUGUAGAAUUUCAAGAAUUUUAAACUGUGUGAAAUUAUUAUGUAAAUAUAUAUAAAUAAUUAUUGCGCUAUAGAUACUUGAACGUUUAGGUCGGUUGAUCCCUUUGGCAACUGGACUAGAAGUGAAACCGUAGUAAUUAUUAUUUAUCCCUUUAAAUGAGAAGAUAUGUUUAAAUUAUUUUACCCACUAUGCAAACGCACCUUGAUUCAAGGGCUAAAACUUUAAUGCUUGUGUUUCUAAAUUAUAAGCGCAAUGAACGCAGUAGAGUGCAGUUUUUGCCUACUGUUUGAUGUAGGCUCAACGUACAGUAAAUUUCUGACAAAAUCUUUUGCAUUCAUUUCCACAGAGGUCCAAAGUUUAUAGUAUAUUUAUUACAAACAGUCAUUUACGGUCCUUUUGCUGUAUGUCCCAUAGCUACAAUAUAUUUGCAAAUGGCAUUAUUUUUUUUAUUAAUUUUUUUUUGCCGGAUGUAGGCCGAAGAGUAGAUUUACCACAUGUAAUAUUUUGCAUUCCUUUUGAACAUUUUCGCAAAGUUUACAGUAAUUUUACGACAGCUGAUCUUUUUUUUGCCUUCCUUACAGUACAUUAAUGAUGAGUGAUCUUUUGCGCUCCUUUUGAUGCGGGGCCAAAGGCUACAGUACAUUUUACGAGAAACCGUCUUUUGCCUUUUUUGAUACUGGCCUAAAGCCUGCUUCAAAUUUUAUGAGGAUGUAUAUUUUUGUUCCUUUUGACGUAGACUGGAAUCUACAGGAAAUCUAGGGUGGUUCCUUGUUGAUGUUAGGCCCAAAGCUUACAGUACAUUUACAAACAGGCAAUUUUUCACUUUUGUUUUGAUGUUGACCUGCAGAAGGGGUUGCUCAUAGGACGCUGGUUCCAUCUUCUAUGUUCCUGGAAGGAAUCAUUAAAGGCUCCACAGUGAAAUGGACUGAGACUCAGCUGAUGAAUAAUAAAGCGUCUUGACAUGAUUAACUAAAAAAAACACAAAGACUGGAAAAUCCUUAUACUUUAAUCUCUAUGACUCCCAUCUGGAUACCGUGAGACACACGUUCAGACUGAGGAGUUACAAAAAAAAAAUGAAAACAAAGACCUUUGAAAUAUUUUGAGAAUGCUCUAUAUUGCUGUUGAAUUAAAUCAUUGUAUUGUAUACAAAGUGUGUACACACUAUAUUUGUAUAAAUGGUUCUACAUUCUUA